AUGGAGCAGGACAGACAGCAAGAAGAUCUUGUGGACAAGGGAUCCUUCAGGGAGGUGGGCAUGGGCACCCACAGAGACCUCAAAGAGGUGGACAAAAAUCUACGGCCAAAUGCUCAAGACAGGCUUGAUCCAAAUUACAUUACUUGGCAUUCAUAUAUUGUUGUUUUAUUGCCAGGAGACCGCUAUACCUGUUUUCCAUGUGCAGAGAGUGAAUGGUCUGAAGAGGGCAGCACAACCUGUAAGACACGUGCUGUUGUCUAUCUACACUUCACAGAAAUCUCUUCCAUUGCAGUAAUAAUUUUAGCCACAUUCUUGAUUGUAGUUUUAAUUUUCAUUUUUUGUCUUUUCGCCUACAAUUACAACACACCAGUGGUGAGAUCUGCUGGUGGCAACAUGUGUUUCCUAAUGUUAGCGUGUUUGAUUAUAUCCACUACAAAUGUGUUCUUUUUCUUUGGACAACCAACGACAGUAAUUUGUAUCCUGAGAAAUUUCACAUUUUCCUUUUUCUUCACUAUCUGUCUCUCCUGUCUUUCUGUUCGUUCCUUUCAGAUUGUUUGUAUCUUCAAAAUGGCUGCAGAGUUCCCUAAAUUACACAGCUUGUGGGUAAAGCACAGUGGCCAGUGGCUCUUUGUUGCAAUGUUUUCUGUCUUUCAUUUAAUUGUUUGUUUGAUACGGGUGACUGUCUCAGCUCCCAAACCCUUUAGAGACUCUGUUUCUUUUAAAGACCAGGUUAUUCUUGACUGUAAAAAUGGGCACACUGCAGCCCUGGCCACAGCUGUAUUCAUGGGUUGGUUUCUUGGUUUUUUGUGUAUCUUAUUUUCUUACAUGGGAAGAGAUCUUCCGAAAAAUUACAAUGAGGCCAAAUCAAUAACUUUUAGUAUAAUUUUGUUCUAUGUAAUUUGGAUUGUAUACUUCACAGCUUUGUCUCUUAUCAAAAGCCGAUAUGUCCAGCUUUUUAAUGCAGUGACCCAGCUAUUUAGUAUAUAUGGAAUUCUCUUCAGCUAUUUCAUACCGAAAUCUUACAUCAUGUUAUUUCAACCAAAGAAAAACACUGCUGCAUACUUUCAAACAUCUAUUCAGAAUUACACACAAACAAUUAGUAGAAGUUGAAUCAUGACAAUGAUGCUGAAGAGAUGCAGAUCAAAUCCCCAACAAACUGGCAUAGUUAUAAAGGAUAGUUAUUAAACUAAUUUCUAGUCCAGUUUCAUCUGGAGUGCGUGGUUAAAGUCAUGGCAUUAUGUUUUAAAAUAUGCAUGUAGAGAUCAGGGGCCUCAUUUAUAAACGUUGCGUACGCACAAAAGAAGGCGUACGCCACUCUCUACGCAAUAGUUGUUAUUUAUAAAAAGCAAACUUGACUGGAAAAUGUGCUGUCCGUCACGCAAGCUCUG